GGCCGGGGCGCUUCGAGGCGCGCACGGCUCAGAGCGCAGCGCCGUUCGCUCCGCACCGCGCCGGCCCCGCAGCGCCCAACGCAGGCAAUCAUGAGCGAUCGGAAGGCAGUGAUCAAAAAUGCGGACAUGUCAGAGGAGAUGCAGCAGGACUCGGUGGAAUGUGCUACUCAGGCCUUGGAGAAAUACAACAUCGAGAAGGACAUCGCUGCUCACAUAAAGAAGGAAUUUGACAAGAAAUACAAUCCCACGUGGCACUGCAUCGUGGGAAGGAACUUUGGCAGCUACGUGACUCAUGAGACCAAGCACUUCAUCUACUUCUACCUCGGCCAAGUCGCUAUUCUUCUUUUCAAGUCUGGUUAGAACCACGGACUGUUACUGAAACUUGCACCUGGGUACAGGAUCUGCACAGGAUCUCCCACCUUCAGCCUUCCUGGGGAAACAGGCCUUGAUCUCCAGGUCUUUUGUUGUAUUGUUAAUGGUCAGGGAUUUUGCUGUAGCAGCUGGUAUUUUCAUUGUGGCUAUAUAAAAAAGCAAAAAUGUCUUCCUUGUAUUUAUUUUCUUUCAAAAGAUUGCUUCUUUGCUAAUAAAACUGUUGGAACAAGUUUA